UUCAGCUGAUUGUGUUGGUGAAAAAUAAAACAUGCGGCCGAGGUAGAUUCCUCACGUGCCCUCCCCUUGAAGCUGAUCCGAAGAUCAAACCCCGCCAAGAAAUCCCACAAUAUCGCGUACAUCGUAAGUGUUUCUCACCUCUUCCAUCAAGAGAUCGAUUGAACUGAGCCCAAAUCGAUCUCGCCAAAAUGAUCUCUCCCCUGAAGGAAAAGAAGAAGAAGAAGAAAGACUCCGUAGGGGAGAUUCAAGCCAAGGCCACCUUUCACCUCGAAUCGUCCGAGAAACCUCCGGCCACGUUGGAAACGGCUGACUGGCCUCUGUUGCUGAAAAAUUUCGAUCGUCUCAAUGUGAGGACCAAUCACUACACGCCUCUGCCUCAUGGGUCUUCCCCAUUAAAGCGCGACAUUGUCAAUUACGUCAAAUCGGGCUUCAUCAAUCUGGACAAGCCUGCCAAUCCUAGUUCUCACGAGGUGGUUGCCUGGAUCAAGCGCAUUCUCCGGGUGGACAAGACCGGCCAUUCCGGAACCUUGGAUCCUAAGGUGACUGGUUGCCUCAUUGUCUGCAUCGAGCGAGCUACCCGAUUGGUCAAAUCCCAACAGAAUGCCGGCAAAGAAUACGUGUGCAUCUAUCGUCUUCACGAGAAUGUAGAGCAGAAGAGGGUCCAACAAGAACUCGAGCGCCUCAAAGGAGCCUUGUUUCAGCGUCCCCCUUUGAUCUCGGCCGUUAAGCGACAACUGCGAGUCCGUACCGUGUACGAAAGUAAGCUCAUCGAACACAUCCCGGACCGUAAUCUGGGCAUCUUUUGGGUUAGUUGCGAGGCGGGUACUUACAUCCGUACCAUGUGUGUUCAUUUGGGGCUCAUGUUGGGCUGUGGUGGUCAAAUGCAAGAACUCCGCCGAGUCCGAUCGGGAAUUCAGAAUGAGAAAGAGGGUCUCAUGACCAUGCACGAUGUAAUGGAUGCGCAAUGGCUUUACGACAAUCACAAGGAUGAGAACUAUCUCCGACGUGUCAUUAAACCCUUGGAAGCUCUGCUGACCGGUCACAAGCGUAUCAUCAUGAAAGAUAGCUCCGUCAAUGCGGUGUGUUAUGGUGCCAAAGUGAUGCUCCCGGGUGUCUUGAGGUACGAAGAUGGCAUUGAAAUCGACGAAGAAAUAGUUAUCUGUACCACCAAGGGAGAAGCCAUCUGUAUCGCAUUGGCCAAGAUGACCACCGCUACCAUGGCGAGUUGUGACCACGGCGUGGUGGCCAAGAUCAAACGCGUGAUCAUGGAGCGCGACACCUAUCCGCGUAAAUGGGGCUUGGGCCCCAAGGCCACGUUCAAGAAAGACAUGAUCAAGAAGGGCAUGCUCGACAAGCACGGCAAACCUAAUGAGAACACACCCACCGAUUGGCGAGACAACUACAUCGAUUACAGCGUGAAGACCGAGAUCAAACCCGAGUUGACCCCGACUGAAUCUCGCAAGCGGAAGGCCUCCGAAGGUGAACCAAGUUCAGUGAAGCCCGAGCCUUCCAGUGACAGUGACAAUGAUGCCGCGAGCAAGAAGGAGAAGAAAAAGAAGAAGAAGAAAGCCAAGAUGGAGGCUGAAUCUGAGGCCGACGCCACCUUGAACACCACCAAUGGUGAUGCCAACGGGAGCGACAAAAAGGAGAAGAAAAAGAAGAAGAAGAAAGACAAGAAAAAGGAUGAAGAUGAAGAUUAAGAAUUGAACGAACAAGCAACUGAACAAUUGGCGUCGUUUGGUUCAUUGAAUUGAUGUACGAGUGUGUUCAUCAGAAAAUGGCUCUUUCUGUACACCGCAAUUUGAAUAAAAUAUUAAUAAGUGUAAAUACAUUUCUAUUCAUCCUGAACGUCAAGCUCAAAUUUCGUUCACUAUUUUUCAG